AUGGGAGCUCGUACCUAUGCCAGAAGGGAGGAAUUCCGUGGGGGCAGAGCAGUUCCCCUCCACGCUGGCCAAGCUAGAGCUGAGAAGAGCUGCUUUCCAACCACUGCAUAUCCCCCUCUCUCUGGGUCUCUUUCGGACAUAGCCCCUCCCCCCUCUCCCUCCCCCUCCCCCUCCUCCCUCCUCCUCCUCCUCCUCUCCUCCUCCUCCUCCUCCUCCACCAUCACCUCCUCCUCCUCCUCCUCUUCCUCCUCCUCCUCCUCCUCCUCCUCCUCCUCCUCCUCCUCCUCCUCCUCCUCCUCCUCCUCCUCCUCCUCCUCCUCUUACUCCUCCUCCUCUCUCCUGGCCAAGCCAGAAAUGCCUCCCCCAGCCUGGGUGCGUCACCUCGCCACCCUCCACGACAGUGCCAACCCCUUCCCUCUCCUCCGAGCAUGGUCAGCGGGAAGGGGGAGGGUGGGGGAGGACAGGGGAGGACGGGGGAGGAUGGGGGAGGAUGGGGGAGGAUGGGGGAGGAUGGGGGAGGAAGGGGGAAGGCUGAGGGGGAAGCAUGAAGGGGGAGGAGAACGUUGGGGUAGGAUGAAAGGGGGGAAUGUGGUGCAUAGGGUUAAGGUGAAGGAUGGGCGCUGUGUGGCUAUGAAGGUGCAGCAGGCGGGGGCACAGUUGCUGAUGCUCAUAACCUUUGAUGAGUGGGCGGGGACAGGGUGGCUGACGCUCAUAACCCUUGAUGAGCGGUUGGAGACAGAGUCUCUACGCCCACAUCUUUUCAUCAGUCAAGGACCCAACUGCAUCCGAUUGCUCUCUCCUCCCUCCUCACCCUCCGUGCUCCUUUUCUUUCCUGCCCCACAGAUGGAGCGAGCAGAGGCAGAGCAGUCAAGGACCUCACUGCAUCCCAUUGCAGAGAGGGUGGAUAGGGCAGAGAGGGUGGAUAGGGCAGAGAGGGUGGAUAGGGCAGAGAGGGUGGAUAGGGCAGAGAGGGUGGAUAGGGCAGAGAGGGUGGAUAGGGCAGAGAGGGUGGAUAGGGCAGAGAGGGUGGAUAGGGCAGAGAGGGUGGAUAGGGCAGAGAGGGUGGAUAGGGCAGAGAGGGUGGAUAGGGCAGAGAGGGUGGAUAGGGCAGAGAGGGUGGAUAGGGCAGAGAGGGGGGAUAGGGCAGAGAGGGUGGAUACGGCAGAGAGGGUGGAUACGGCAGAGAGGGCGGAUAGGGCAGAGAGGGCGGAUAGGGCAGAGAGGGGGGAUAGGGCAGAGAGGGCGGAUAGGGCAGAGAGGGUGGAUAGGGCAGAGAGGGUGGAUAGGGCAGAGAGGGUGGAUAGGGCAGAGAGGGUGGAUAGGGCAGAGAGGGUGGAUACGGCACAGAGGGUGGAUACCGCACAGAGGGUGGAUACGGCACAGAGGGUGGAUACGGCAAAGAGGGUGGAUAGGGCAGAGAGGGUGGAUAGAGGCACUGUGCCGUGCCGUGCUGUGCAGGUCACAUGCUUGCCACUUCAUUGGCUGUCUGCUUUCUUUCCCUCCCUCCGUGCAUUUGUGUCUGCCACCAUGCACCCUAACUCCGCCCCGCGCCGCCUCUUCAGCGCGCUCUCAGGGGCACGGAGGGUUUGGGGGGAGGAACGCGGGGGAGUGGGGGGAGGAACGCGGGGAGUGGGGGGAGGAACGCGGGGGAGUGGGGGGAGGAACACGGGGGAGUGGGGGGAUGAACGCGUGGGAGUGGGGGGAGGAACACGGGGGAAUGGGGGGAGGAACGUGAGGGAGUGGGGGAAGGAACACGGGGGAGUGGGAGGAGGAACUGCACCCUCCAACCCCAUUCCUCUCGUCAAGCGCAUUGUUGAGGCUGAGCUGGCACGCGCUGACGCAGCGCUGACAGUGCUACUGGUGUUUAACUAUGGGGGCAUCUCCCUGCUGGGCAUUGGGGGCGUGUCCAACCCCAAGCCGGGUUGA